CAAUCUAAUAUACGAUCAAUCACAACAGCUACAGUAACAAUGUCUUCCUCCCCUGAUCUCUCCCGGACGCUCCCCCGCGUGCUCGUCGUAUCCCACCGAGCCGUCCACAAGAACAAGUUCGGCCGUGAGUUGUUGAUCUAAUUGAUGGAUUAUUAUUUAUUUUUGCGAGAAAGCUUGUACGGAUCAGGCGGCUACUCAUAUUUGCACGGCUCAUGGAUGGAUGCAGGGGAGCAUCACCUGGACGACGCUGUGCCGGUCAUGGUGCCGCAGGUGUCCGGCGCGCAGUCUUGGGAGCCCAUCCACGGCGUGCUCCUGUGCGAGUGUGAAGAAGACAUGGACAACUCCAUGUACCGUGGCGACGACGAUCUGUCACCUUUGCAGCUGAUCGAGUUCAUGAGGCACCUCCAGCCGUUCGACACCAGCGCGGACUACGACCUAGACUCCAUCGAACUCCUGGUGCGCCGCUGCGUCGAGCGCAACAUCCCGGUCCUCGGCAUCUGCCGUGGCUCCCAUGUGCUCAACGUUGCCUGCGGCGGCUCGCUCUACCAGAACGUUGAGCAGGAGCUCAAACGGGUCAUCGACUACCGCGACAAUCAUGGGCACUGGCACCCGGUGCGCAUCCUUCCCGGGACACCGCUGCACUACUGGUUCGAGCACGGUGAAGAUAAUGAAGUGAUUACGGUGAGCAGCUACCACCACCAGGGAGUGCGGCAGCUGGCGAAGCGGUUCGUGCCGAUGGCAUUGACGCCGGACGGGCUGGUGGAAGGGUUCUAUGACCCCGACGCCUACUGCCCCGGAGAGGGCAAGUUCAUCAUGGGGCUCCAGUUCCAACCGGAACGCAUGCGCAAGGCCGGCAAGUUAGACCACACCGGCUGCCCAGAGGUCUACUAGGAGUUUGUCCGCGCAGUGUUCGCCUUCAAGGAGAAGCAGUUGGACGUGCCCUUAUUGCGCCUGACGCUCGGGGAGAAGCUGGCACACGUAUCCCGUCUUAGAAGGUGGACUCUGGCUGUCAUCGGCCAGAUUUUGCUCCCUGUAGGUGUGACCUCUUGUCUCGUGUACGCGUACACAUCGAUCUCUCCUUCCUACUUCAGCAGCGUCCCAUGGCGGCUGCGGCUGCUGCUCUCAUCCAGCGUCUACUGGUCGCUGCUCUUCUUGAUCAGGUCCUAUGCGGAGUUGUUCCUGCCGCGCAUGCCAGUGACCGUCUUCGAGAAGCUCUUCGACAUAGGAUUGUGGGGCAUUGGCCUUGGCGUUAUCUCUGUGAUGGUGACCAUCGUCCUGGGCAUCUCGGUCAAGGACAGCCGUGUAUUGGCGGGUUGCACCUUCGUCGUUGCAGUGUUCGUAGUCGGGCUGGCAGCGUUCUGGGUGUGGCUUGCUCGCACGUAUGGCGGACACGACGCGCCAGAGUCUUCUACACCGCCUUCCGCAACAGCAGCUGGACAGCAGCCUCCUCGUGCACCACGUGUGCCAAUCUAAGAUAUACUGGCAAGCAGAAGUAUGAGUACAUUGUUGGCUAAAUUGUAGCUUAAUUUAUUGGUUGCUCGCGUUUACUUUUUGUUAUUCAGUUUUAUUAAAAGUGUGAGAAUAUUACUUUCAUGUACAAAGAAAGAUGAAUGAAGGAGUACAAUGAAGUGAACAUUGGACUAAAGUCUAUACGAGAAAUGAAAAACUAGUGGUGCCGAUUUCUACCGGGUACCGCAGAGACAUUGGAUGCAUCCUCGAUUCAUGCGUACAAACCAUGUGUGUACCGUAGUUACCUCCCUGCCUCGCGGUAUUCUUUGACGAAC